AUGCUACGACUGCAACCGUAUAACUUCCGUGUGAUUUACAAGAAAGGAACAGUUAAUGAAGCCGAUUACCUGAGCCGUCAUCCUACCACCACUAAACAAAAAACUACAAUCGAAGAAAAGAUUGCAGAUAAUUAUGUGAACUACAUCAUUAACAAUGCUGUACCGAAAUCAAUGACACUUCAAGAAAUCAAGGAAGCCACCUUGUCGGACACCAAUUUAAAGAAAGUUUUAGAAUGCUUGAAAUCGGGGAAAUGGGAGGAGAAGGAUGUGGAACUGAAAGCUUAUCAAAUGUGCGCGGAAGAACUAACAGCAACGAAGGCAGGAGACCUUCUUUCCAAGGGGAGCAGAAUUGUUAUACUGUAUAACAGUAUUGUAUUGUUACUGUAUUGUUAAUUGUUAUUUUUAUGGUCCUAUACCACACAGUGAACAAUACUUACUUGUCGUGACUGACACAUACUCUAAGUUUCCAGAAGUAGAAAUUGUUACGUCAACUUCAGCGAAAGCCUGCAUCCCGAAGUUAGACUGCAUAUUUGCAACUCAUAGUAUACCGAAAAAGAUUAAAACUGAUAAUGGACCACCUUUUAAUGGGAAUGAUUUUAAAAGAUACAUGGUUGCCUUAGGAAUUGAGUGGAAAACAAGCACUCCGUUGUGACCCCAAGGCAAUGGAAAUGCCGAAAGUGUGAUGAAACCGUUAGCCAAAGUGAUAAAAACUUCCAUGUUAGAGGGAAAGAAUUGAAGACAAGAACUUCAAAAUUUCUAUUAAAUUACCGCUCAAAACCGCAUGCCACUACAAAGAUACCUCCAUGUGAACUACUAUUUAAUCGAAAGGUGCAAGGAAGUCUACCCGAGCUGUCAACACAAACCGUCGUAAACAAGCACCAAAAGGCCAAGGAAAACAUUGACAAGAAGAAGAUCGGUAAUAAGCAGUACUAAACGAUGCCAAGAAAAACACCAAGACAUCCAAGAUCAAGGAAGGGCGCAUUGUUAUCUGUAAACAGAAACCAAACAACAAGUUAUCUCCAAGAUUCAAUCCCGAGCGAUUUACGAUUGUGGAGAGGAAAGGCGCAACAUCUAUGGCACGAAAUGGCAGACGCACCAUCACCCGUAAUGUGACUCAUUUCAAAGUAGUCAAACCUGUAGACGAACAAAGUAGUGAUGAAGAGAAGUCAACUACCGUGGAAGAUGUACAGGACAACAGGAUCGGAGAUGAUAUGCAGGACUUUAUAGAAGAAAGUCACUCGAUAUCAAGAAGAUAA